GGGGCAAGUCCAGUUUCUAGGUCAACCAUGACUUCAUUGAGACUUGUUUUGACUGUCUCAAUUGUCUGAUUCUUGUCUUCACCACUACUGGGUAUUUCAGUCUCCUUCAUGGUUGUUUUCUGCCUUUUCUGUUGGAACAGAUCAUCAUCCAGCAUGGCUGAUUCUUUGAAAGAAUGUCGUAUGUCUUCAUUAUGCCACUGAAUAUCAACAGAGAGGGACUGCAAGUACUCUUCAUCUGACUUUGGUGAAGACUGCUAUAGAAGCUAAUGGGUUGGCAAUCUUUUUACAAGAGCUACGCCUGCAAGGAGCUGAUGGGGAUCAACAGCAACGAGGAGUGGAGAACGUGAAGGAUGAGAAGUUGGCUGUUGUGGAGGACAAAGCAGCAGCAUUGGGGUUGAGGCGAUCGAAUGGCUACGAAAGGAGACGAUUGUUACUUCUAUUAUAAUACUGAAUGUCUGAAGGGUGACCAAUGCCCUUUCUGUCACAGUCAAGCUGCACUCGGUAACAACACUGUCUGUGCGUUGUGGCUACAAGGGUCGUGCUUUCGAUCAGCAUGUCCGUUCAGACAUAUGCAUAUCACUCCGUUGAAGAGUGAGUUGUUGUGUUGCUUUGAGAUUCAACCAAGUGGCUGCCUCAAGCCCAACUGUCCUUUCAAACAUUUCAAGCCAAGAAAUGUGAUCACACUGGGAACAAGCUCAAUGCCGGUGAUGUCAACGACACAGCCAGUUGUUGCUGUCAGACCGUCUGUUUGUGCUUCUACCAACUUGGUUCAAGCACAGGACACGGAGAUGCCAAAUUUCUUUGGAGUUGUAAAGGAAGUGAUGACGUCUCUAUCAGUCCAGUCAGACAACAAAGGAAUAUCAAAUUUGACUGUUAGCGGGCGGAUAGUCACACUAAGAAAACCGUUAGGACAUGUGAAGAAGAUUGCAUAUAUUUGGAAGGUUGGAGCAAUGAAUGGCAUGUCAAAGUAGUGUCCAGCAAAAUCAUGCCACUAUUCAAGCUGCUAGUGCAACAGCUGUGACAUUUGUUGACCAGUUUACGAUGCUGUAGAAUUCAAUUCUAACCAGUUAUAGUCAUUACCGGUUGGAUAUAAUAAUAUAAACACACACACACACA